AUGAAAAACAAUGAAGUACUUGCCGAAGAGGUUAAUCAUUUCCAAAAGCUACUCUUUUACUUUUGUGAAUAUAUAAUACUGGUUCUGAUCAAUAGAAUUGAGUCAAUAUAUAGGGCUCAGAUUUCAAAGCAUGAUGAAGCGGCUCUUAAAUUUCUCAAAGAUAUAAAGUGGUCCAAAGUUGAUAAUCCUAAGGGCUUCCAACUUGCAUUUCAUUUUGACACUAACCUGUACUUCAAGAACUCCAUUCUGACUAAAAUGUAUCACAUGAUUGAUGAAGAUGAACUUAUACUGGAGAAAGCAAUCGGGGCUCAGAUUUCAAAGCAUGAUGAAGCGGCUCUUAAAUUUUUCAAAGAUAUAAAGUGGUCCAAAGUUGAUAAUCCUAAGGGCUUCCAACUUGCAUUUCAUUUUGACACUAACCUGUACUUCAAGAACUCCAUUCUGACUAAAAUGUAUCACAUGAUUGAUGAAGAUGAACCUAUACUGGAGAAAGCAAUCGGGACGGAGAUAGAGUGGUAUCCAGGAAAAUGCUUGACACAUAAGAUUCUUAAAAAGAAACCUACAAAGGGGACUAAAAAUGCCAAGCCAAUUACUAAAACAGAACAAUGUGAAAGCUUUAUUAACUUCUUUAGUCCACCAGAAGUCCCCGAGGAGGAUGAAGAUGCUGCAAGCUUCUUCUUUUGUUUAUGCCUUCGCGAAAUGAGCAACAAGGAUAGUUUCAAUAUGGCCGAUCUUGGCUCUGUUUUGAAUGUUGAGGAUAGAGCAGACCUUGUUAAUGCUCUCAAAAAUAAGCUUCAGGAUCUUACUGGGAAACACUCAGCUGUGCUCGAAAAUUUGCCACCUAAUGUCAGGAAGCGUGUAGAUGUUCUGAGGGAGAUUCAGAGUGAACACGAUGAAUUGGAGACAAAAUUUUUCGAGGAGAGAGCAACACUUGAAGCGAAAUAUCAAAAGCUAUACAGUCCACUUUAUGCCAAAAGAUACAAAAUUGUAAAUGGAAUUGUUGAAGUUGAAGGAGCUACAACUGGUGGAGAGCCAACAAACCAAGAAGAGGGGAAAGAUGCUGGGGAAAAAGGAGUUCCUGAUUUCUGGCUCACUUCAAUGAAGAACAACGAAGUCCUUUCUGAAGAGAUUUCAGAGCACGAUGAAGCAGCUCUUAAAUUUCUCAAAGAUAUAAAGUGGUCCAGAGUUGAUAAUCCUAAGGGCUUCCAGCUUACAUUUCAUUUUGACACUAAUCCGUACUUCAAGAACUCCGUUCUGACUAAAACAUAUCACAUGAUUGAUGAAGAUGAACCUAUCCUAGAGAAAGCGAUCGGGACGGAGAUAGAGUGGUAUCCAGGAAAAUGCUUGACACAGAAGUCUCUUAAAAAGAAACCUAAAAAGGGGUCUAAAAAUGCCAAGCCAAUUACUAAAACAGAACAAUGUGAAAGCUUUUUUAACUUCUUUAGUCCACCAGAAGUCCCUGAGGAUGAAGAUAUUGAUGAAGAUGCUGCUGAAGAAUUUCAAAACUUGAUGGAACAAGAUUAUGAUGUUGGGUCAACCAUUCGAGAUAAAGUCAUCCCCCAUGCAGUAUCAUGGUUCACUGGGGAAGCUGCUCUGGAUGAGUAUGGUGACAUUGAAGAUGAUGACGAGGAUGAAGAUAUUGAUGAAGACGAUGAUGAAGAAGAUGAAGACGAUGAUGAAGAAGAUGAGGAUGAAGAGGAAACCAAGAAUAGGAAGAAGAAGAGUGGAAAUGCACACACCGGGAACGAUCAGCAGGGUGAGAGGCCUCCUGAAUGUAAACAACAGUAG